AUGGGCGAGGCGCGUCGCAUCAUAACGCCAGUCCUGGAAGCCAGGCGUGCUGAAAAUUUACAAGCCCUACCGAAUAGUCAGACCGCCAAGAAAUACAACGAUGCCAUGGAAUGGGUGGAGGAGUCCGCCAAGGGCCGCAAGUAUGAUCCCGCAGUAGGGCAAAUAGCGUUUUCCGUCGCGGCCAUUCAUACUACUAGUGACAUGAUGACGCAGUUGAUUUAUGAUUUGUGCGGAAAGGAUGACCUCGUCAAGGCCCUGCGAGACGAGGUCAUUACCGUUUUAUCUGAAGACGGUUUGCGAAGGACAUCACUGUACAAGCUCAAGUUAAUAGAUAGCACGAUGAAGGAGAGCCAACGGUUGAAACCCAUGAGUAUUGUAUCCAUGCGGCGCGUGGCAACCAGCCAUAUCUCUUUGUCCGAUGCGACGGAGAUCCCCAAGGACACUUCUAUCAUGAUUUCGGCACAUAACAUGUGGGACGAAUCUGUGUACCCCAACGCAAAGGAGUUCGAUCCGUAUCGCUUUCUGUAUGACUUUAAGCUUGCAGAAGCUGAACGACCCGAACAUGAAAGGUAG